UCUCGUUUGUCAAACGAGUGAGUACUUUCGAUUUGUGCACAAGCAAAAAAAGAAGAAAUAACAAAAAAUCGGACGCGAAUUACUGCCACAAGAAAACAAAUAAUUUAAAAAAAAUCUAUAUUUUUUUAUAUUUAUUUGCAAAUUUUGUAUAUUUCCAAUUUGACCGACAGAAAAAAAAACCGCAGUUUUUUUAUUCUAUACAAAAUUCCAAUUUGAUUUUAGCUUGGCAUUCAAUUUUUUCACUCCGCGAGUCUGUAUUGUGCCCAACCCGAAUCUAUACGUGUUUUGCAAAUUCUUUUUUUUUUUUGUAUAUCAGAGAGACGAACAAAAAAAAAAAACAGCGAGGGUUUUCUCUAUUGUUUUUUUUUGUAUUCUGAUUUAAUCGCGUUGUAAAUUGCGAUUUAAAGCAUAAAAUUGUGUUCAUCUUUCUCACGUAUGAUCACACCGCAUUUAAUACAGUGCUCCUUCUUUUAUGACAAUUACAUCCAAAGUCAGCGAAGUUUCAAUCAGCUUCUCGGCGAAUUUCCAUUCUUCGAUCGCGUUCACUUCUAUCGGACACUAACAACAAUGUCGACGGCUUUCCUCACCGCUAUCGCAGUUAUUCUAUGCAUUCUUUUUAGGAUAUUGAAUGUGAAUAGCCAGCCGCUGAAGCCAAGCGUUUGGUGUUUGGAUGAGACAUUUUUAGAUUGUCUUUAUAAAAUUGCACCAGGUUUACGAGAACCAUAUGUUCCAACGCGAAUAUGGGGCUUUAGUGGUCAUGUCCAAACAGUUCUACAUAGUAUUGUUGGUCGUGUAAAGUGUCCAUGGCCACUAGGUGAACGUGUCUAUUUGUCACUAUUUGAUGAGUCUACGUUGACCUAUGAUCUCUAUCAACCACUGAAUGAACACGAAGACGAUAUCACUGUAGCUAUUUGUCCAGGAAUUGGAAACACAUCGGAAAGUGUUUACAUUCGUACAUUUGUUCAUUACGCACAAUGCCAUGGUUACCGUUGUGCUGUUUUAAAUCAUAUCGGAGCUUUACCCAGUGUUCAAGUCACAGCAUCAAGAAUAUUUACAUACGGACAUACGGAAGAUUUCUCAGCAAUGGUUGAAAAUUUGCACAAAAAAUAUCCGUCCACCAAUAUAAUAGCAGUCGGUUUCAGCCUGGGUGGCAAUUUAAUAACAAAAUAUUUGGGCGAAAAGAAUACAAAUAAACCAAAGAAUGUUAUUGGCGGCAUAUCGAUAUGUCAAGGAUACAAUGCUGUCGAGGGUACAAAAUGGUUACUUAAUUGGCAAAAUUUCCGUCGUUUCUAUUUAUAUGUUAUGACAGAAAAUGUUAAAAAUAUUAUUUUAAAACAUCGUCAUAUAUUGCUGUCGGAUGAUGUUAAGACACGUUUUGGAUUAAUUGAAAGAGAAAUAAUUGCUGCUGCAACACUGCCAGAACUUGAUGAAGCUUACACACGUAAAGUGCACAAUUUCCCAUCGACACAUGAAUUAUACAAAUGGAGCUCAUCAUUAAACUAUCUUGACAAUAUUGAAAAACCAAUGAUUUUCAUUAAUGCUAAAGACGAUCCCUUAGUACCCGAGGAAUUGUUAACGCCUAUUAAAGACUUUGCACUUUCGCACGAACGAACGGCUUAUGUUGAAGUAGCUCAUGGUGGUCAUUUAGGUUUCUAUGAAGGAGGACUUAUCUAUCCUAACCCAGUUACAUGGUUGGACAGAACUUUGGUCGCUAUGAUCGGAUCACUUGUAAUGAUACAUGCUGAUCCAGCAUCCAGAAAGAUCUCAGCUUAAAAAAAAACUUUAUAUUUGGACUAAAUUAAACGAAACAACAUCAUAAAAAAUUGUAAAACAAUCAAAAAUAAAAUCUUAAAUUGUUUUAUUGAUUAAAACAUAAAAAGAAAACAAAAAAUCAAUUUUAAUAAAGUAUUAUGGAAUAAUUAUAUAUGUUAUUUUUGCUUUAAGCAAACUAUAAACAAAAAAUAAAAAAAUAAUUGUUGCAUUUUUUCACAUGAACAGCUGCUGUUCAAACAUGAAACGAUUUUUUUUUUAUUAAUUUGCAAGAAGCAACAAAAAAUCAUAAUUACACCUUACGCUCAAUAUAAAUUCAUUAAAAUGAAAUUUAAAUAACAUUAAAAAACAACAAAUUUAUAUAGAUGUGAAGUUGUUCAUUAUAAAAAAAAUAUGCGCAAAAAAUAAUAAAUUUAAUUGUUAAUGACAAAUAAUAAUGUGUAUCAAUGUUUUAAACAAAUUUAUACAAAAAAAAAAAACAAAAGAAAAGAAAAAUCUGUACACAGAAACAUCUUAUGCAUUUUUAUAACAUUUUGAAAUCCAUUUUUUACACACGCAAAAGAAAAUGAAAAAAAAAAACAAGAAACAAACAAAACUAAAAAAAAUUCCAAUAAGUUUAAUAUUUUAGAUACUUUUUUUUUUAAACUGAUAUUUUGUACUUAGUAGAAUCGAAACAAAUUUGAAAUUUAUAAAAAAAAAAAAUUAGAAAUUGAAAACGUCAUAGAAAAGAGGCUGCACUACUUCGGUUAUUACCUUUCUUUUAAGGAAAUCGUAUUUCUUUCCCAGAAAUCUUGAUUAAGUUUAAUUUUAUUUGUAAAUUAUUUUAAAAUUAAAACUAUACGCAAGGAAUUGCUAUAGAAAUUUGAAUCUAAAUUAAUUUUAGUGUCCUUGGGACCCCAUCAAAAGAUCUUUACUAAUUUUAACACUUUCUAUAUAAAUGGAUGUAAAAAUUCCACUUCGUAGGUUUAAUUAUCUUCGUUGAAAAUUGGAUAUGUAUGAAUUUAUUUUUACAUUAAUUUUAAUUUUAAGGCCAAAACUCUUAUGACACCUAUCGAGCAUCGAGCAAGUUUCUCGAGUAAAAAAAAAAAAAACCUUCAUCAGGGCUAUUAGAAAAAAUAACCAUUUUUGAAAUUAAAAAAAUACCAACAACAUUUGUUUCGAGUCUGUGUUAAUAGGUAGUCCAUUUUUUUUAUAAGUUAUAAUUUAUUUUUUAUAUAAUACAGUCACUGUAUUAAUAAAUAUAUUACUAACAAAUAAUUUGUCACCAAAUAAUGUUGUAAAAUAUAUAAAUGUAUAUUUUUUUUUGUGUUUAAGGAAAAAAAAUUACUUUGUCGUUUGACUGUGAUUUAAAUUUAAAUUGAUAUGAAGUUAACUAACAAAAAAAAAAAAAAUUAAAAGAAAACAAAAAUGAAAACUUUGAAAAAACAAAAACCAAAAAAACUAUAAAUUCCUAAUUUAUGAAACGAAAACAACAAAACAAUGUUGAUCGACAUUCUAAAUAAAAAAACAAAAAUAUAUUGUUUAUGUUCUGAUUUUUAAAUUGCCUUGAGUUUCGUAAGAAAAGACAAAGCGUAUGGACUUUUCUUAUUGAAAUUUUAUAUUAUAUUGCACCUUUUGAUGGUACAUCGACUUAAUUUGUCAAUAAUUUCUUAAAAAUAAUAAUUUUGUUAGCGGAUUGAACACAAUUGUUGUUCAUAAACAGCUUCUAUAGCUUUUAAAUAAUUUGAUUGUGCUAUAAAGUAAUAAAUUAUGUCGGUGUACCAUUAUGUUGCAAUAUGUAUACCAUAUAUGUGCAUAUUUAUUAUAUAUUUUUUUGUAUUAAAUGAACUAUGUAUUAUUGAAUGUAAUGUCAUUAAAUGGUUUGGUUAUUUAAUAACACGUUAGCGAUAAAAAAAGAUGACAAGAUAAUAUCAAUAAAAUGUCGUUUGAUUUAAAUUA